AUGCCAAAAACCGCUAUUGUCUCUGGUGGGUCCUUACCUUUCGGUGCUGUGGUUCCUUCUCGAGCGGAACGGGUACUCAAGCGUGUACAGCAGCUUCAAAGUUGUGUCAAGAUCUCCCGACUCGGACAAUUCUCCACCGAACGUGUCCAUAAGGUCAAUGACUAUUGCCAGCACGCAUCUCUUGUCAGAGUAAUCUUGGUCGAAAUACUCUUGCCUUGGCCCGCGUUGCUCGUAGCGCUUAUAGCGGAAAGUAUCCCGCUACAGAAUCCGGCCGAUGGGAGGAGGAGCAACUAUGGUGCGUGGAUUCGGCUAUGGAUUGCCAUUGCCUCGGGUUCUGUCGGAUCUCUCUUCCAGGUUCGAGCGUCCGUGACUGGCCUUUCGUACGGGAAGAUUGCUGUGGUGGCCAUUGGAACGGGUACCGGAGCCUCGAUAAUGAUGAUGCUGUGGGCGAGCCUUUGGGUAUUCCCGCUCCCAUUCUCUUUGGUAUUGAUGGGUCUCCCGAUUCAGAUCAUGUUCCUGAUAUUUUCAUUUGUGGUUGUCAGGCAGUUUGGCUCCGAGAAAGUUUCAACGAUGGAAAAUCGAACUGAACGAGUGCUUAACAAAUCCUUGAAGGAGCGGAUGUAUCCGCUGCUCUCUCAGUCGAUGUUAGGAGCUGUCUACGUCGUUUUCGGCAUCCUGUUUAAACGGGGCAGCAACAAGCAACAAUUUGGGCUCUUGGUGUUCAUGCCUGUUAUGAAGCUCUCUUUAAAGCACCUGGUUGCUAGACUUGCGUCCAACGACAAAAGCUCAAUUCCCGCUGUUGUAGCCUUCUCAGUGGACGUAUUCAACGGACUGUACAGCUCCAUUUGUAUGCAGUCUUCGGGCUUGUGGUGGACACCGUUUGUGAUGAUCACGCUGAAUAUCGUUCGCGCCGCUUUCACACUUUUCGAACUUAAUCACUCCGUCACAACGCUGCGAGGACUUGAACGCCAAAUGGAGGGUAGCAGACAAGAAUGGGAUUCCGCGGAUACGAUCGCCAACGAUAGCCCAAGCGGCACUUCGAGCUUGAUCACGGGUGCUCAAUGGCAGACUAAAAAAAAUAUCUCAACGCGGCAAUUGCGUUCAAAUCAAAGCAACACAGUACCCAGCUCAAUUCAAUCCAGAAGGAGAGCGAUGUCGUCAAAAAUACUUUUCCGUCUGGAAUACCUCGCUCUGGUGGCGUACGUCGAGAGCAUUAUUCCUCUGGUGUACGCAGUUCACCUAUCAGCUCUCUACCACUUGCCAAACGCGAAAUACUAUCUUCGUCUUCAGAAUCUCACGUCUGACAAGAUUCAGUACAUUCGCGUGGGGAUUGCAGUCUACACUUCAGUCGAGAUCGUGACCUUGGUGUGGCUUCACGUAGUACUGAAGCGGAAGUUCGGAUUUUCGCUGAUUUACCAACUAGCGUUCGUAUUGGAGCGAGAAAUGGAGCGGCUUCAAGGACACCUAUUCUACUGGGUCCUGCUCAUCUUGCAGCUAACACUGGUGCACUCCGCAGGCAUGGAUUUCACGUUUACCUUUGCAUGGAUGACCUGA